GCGCCAGCCCGCACCUGAGGGUGGCGCACGAGCCGAGGCGCGUCUCUCUGGCGGCGAGCUCGGAGCGCCACGUCUUCGGGCAGGACUGGCCCGCGGCUGCGGCGGCAGCGGGCCCGCGGCAAGGAGGCACCCGGGCCGAGGUCGAGGCGGCCUUCCUGCGGCGAGAGCGAGGCAGCGAGCUGGUGGUGCCGGCGCUGACGGAGC